CAAACUCAAAACCGUCGUCUGCCCGCGAACCAAAGCGGAGAUUGAGGUUAAUUUUGGAAUUGUAAUAUUCACAAUUUUCUCAUGUAAAACAAAUAAAAGUCAUCAUGAAGAGCCUACGGACUAGUAUUGUCUCCGUGUUGACAUUACUUUCAUUUAUGACUAAUUGUGAAUCUGCCAAAAUAAAUACACCGAGAGUUUUGCUUCCAUGGUUUGAAAAUUUAUAUGUAAACUUUACUUUUGAAAUCAUAGAAGGUGGCUGCUAUUCCUGGAGUUUGUCUCGGGAUGACAUCAUUGAUCUUGUGCCAUUGUACGAAGAUACAUGGGGUCACUGUUCACGAGCUGCACGUGUUUCAGUUUCCAAAACAUGUAUACCGCCGGGUUCAGUAAUUAUACUAGCAGAAGAAGUUAAUACAGGAGAGAUCCUAAGAGGUGAUGUGGAUGUUGAUAUAAUAAGAUCAUUAAAAAUUAUGAGUACAACUCGUAAUUUAUAUUUGGAAGAAGCCCCCGAAGCUUUUGAAGUGGUGGCAUACGAUGACAAAGGAAACAAGUUUUCCUCUCUGGAAGGAAUAAGUUUCACUUGGAAUACUGAAAAUGUGGAUAAUAGUGGAAAUCACCCAUUGAUUACUCUCGUCCAAUGGAAAGACACUGAUUAUGAAGCCCCUCAAGGUAUAGCUGAAUUAGAAGCUCAAGGCCUACAGUCAUAUUCUGUGCUUCUUUAUGGUCAGGCUAUGGGGGAAUCCCAUGUUACGGUGUGUCUUGAUAAAAUAUGUACCGACUUUUAUCUUCAUGUGGUUGCCAGUGUUGUUCUGACUCCGGCAGUGGCUUAUGUUGCCCCCGGUGAUACUUUAAGAUAUAAGGUUGUAAGAGCGCGUGCUGGUCGUCUGACUGUACAAGAUGUGGCCGCCACAAUAUACAGAAUGGAAUUGCCACAAUCUGAUGUUGCCACACUAGAAGACGGCGUAAGCCUUGUCAGAGCUGCAGAAGUAGGGACAUCUCAUGUUUACCUUAAAUCAGAGGCAACGGAAGUGGCAAUGGCAACACUCACGGUUGUAGAACCAUACUCUAUACGCGUCACUUUAAGACCAUCUAAUAUGAUAAUACGCGGUGAACAAUUUACUGUACACUGUGUUGUAUUCGAUGAGGAUGGGCACCCAUUAACUGCUGGGCCGGAAAUAUCAAUAAGGCUUACAGUGAACGGUGAAGCAGAUGUCCUUUUGAUGAAAUCAACGGAAAACGGAACAAUAACUGACGCUGUGGCCUAUAAUACUGGAGAGUUUACAGUUACAGCUAAAUUAGUUUCGGUAGCUGGUAAAAGUAUGUUUAAAAAUGUUGAAGGUCAAAUAACUGCAAAGGCUGUAGACCCGUUAGCGAUGGUGCCACCAGAAAUGUUUAUAGCAUGGACUGAAUCAAACUUGGAGUUCCCAUUAAAACAUAGCGGCGGUGGUGAAGAACAUGUGACUUGGUCAGAGAGACAAGAUAGCAAUCUCGUGCUGACGCCAGCUGGUUUGCUAACUGUACGUGGCGUUGGACACAUGGAUGUCAGAUUACAUCUCACAAAGUAUCCACAUAUCCAGGCGUCGGGGAGGGUGUGGUCAGCUGUUCCCGAACUCCUGCAAGUGUCGACCUCAGGAACAGCGCGCGUGGCUCGUCCUCAUCAUCUACACAUCAAGCUCACUGGAACUCAUCCGGCUACCGGGGAAUUAUACAACUUUAAUACCUGCAACUGCGCGUCAUUUGCUGUGUCCUUAGUCGAGGGUCCGGAGCCGCAGAAUGUGACGGCUGCUCCUUGGGUAAAACCAAAAGAUGGCGCCUGUUGUGUAGUGGAGUGCACGUUUUUGUUCCGCGGCGUGUCGACGUUGCUUGUGUCCCGUGGUAGGGCUGCCGACACGGCCCGUGUGGCGGUCAGGGCUGCCCCAAGCCUAUUGUGGCCGCACGCCGCCGCUCUGUUGCCUGGCGCUACGAUACCUGUGAUCGGCGAGGGUGAAUCACUAAUUCCUCAGUCGAGUCAGCCGAGGGUCGCUGAACUCAUCGGUCGUGAUGGCGUUCCGCCCCACAAUUAUCCUGAUGCCCAACUGUUCACCCUUAAAUGCCAAAGGAAAGGUGAAGCGUUGGUGGAAUUAUCAUCGUUGCAAGAGGAACGCGAGUCAGUGUCUCUUGAGACGUGGUGCUCGUCGCACGUGACGCGAGUUCGACUCGAUCCUCCGGACACGCAAGGAAAUUGUUCAGGACCGAGGCUGUGGUUGCGUCCCGGGCAAGAAGUGCCCAUAAAGGUGACUCUGUUUGACACAAUAGGAAGACAGCUAUUGGACGAAGAUGGACCGAUUAUGCAAUGGGAUGUACAACCUUAUCAUAUAGGGAUAGGUGUCAAAACCACAGACCGAUUGUUUGUAGAGACAAACAGUAAAUAUGCUCCGGUACCAGUACCUGAUAAAUAUUAUCAACUAGUAGUGGCAACGGAACAGGCUAUAGGAUGGAGCGGUUCUAUAAAAGCCGCAAUUCCUGAUACUUCAGCGACGAUACAAGCCAAAGUUGUUUCUCCCUUGAAAUGCGACCCUAUGAAGGUUCACAUCGCAUGGGAAGGGGAAACCGUGCCUAAUAUAUCAGCCGUCAGCGGCGGCAGCGGAAAAUAUAUAGUCGAAACCCCGAAAGGAGUGACAGCAUCCGUUGAUGAAGGCAGAUUAUCAGCAGUGUUGCCAACGCCGGGUACUUAUGAUCUGACUGUGGCAGAUUCAUGUGUUAGCGGCGAGAAGAACAUUGUUGAGGUCAUUAUAGAAGAGGUUCUGAGUGUGGAGGUAUCAGCCGCGAGGGCUGUGUGUGUCGACAAUUGUAUUCCCAUCAGAGCGCUGGUGAAAGGCGUCUCCCAUAGAUAUCUAGCCACUAGCCGGGAACCAGAUUGGAAGACGGAGGGCGACAUUGUAGUUAGGAAGGGACAACUGUGUGGCCUCAGGGAAGGGGUCGGAAGAGUUAGAGCUUCUUUGGGGGGUGUAUGGAGUCAAUCUGUUGAGGUGUGGGUAUUUCCGUCGCUGGCGAUUGUUCCUGAGAGGUCAAGGAUCGCGGUGGGAGGACGCGUCCACCUCAACCACGCGGGAGGUCCCCCGCGACACCUCGCCUCGCUAUUGUAUACCGGCGGUGGAGAGCACGCGCAGGUUUCUUCGUCUGGUGUGAUACAAGGCUUAUACCCGGGAAGUACUCGAGUCAAGCUCGUGGCAGUUGAUGCUGCCAACGUUGAACUGGCGAGUGCCGAGGCCGAAAUUGAGGUUGUGCCUAUAACCACGCUCCAAGUGCGGGCGGCGACACAAACUUUGUUAGUGGGGUCGCCCGGACCCGUGUGGAUUGAAGCUGCGGGGUUGACAGCGACCGCUCUAUCCUCGCUCCAACCGUUGCCUCGAGUCACUUGGGCAUUACGGGACCCCACCAUGGCCAGGAUAUACACGUCGCAUAUUGACGAUCGAUUGGAGAGGUCGGUUGUUGAAGGACUAUCAAUACGAGUGGUGCCCUUAAAGCCCGGUGUCAUCACACUCGAUGUCAGAGUAAGGAACAUGGGACAAGUCGCUGAAACUCGUUCCUGGGACAGUACCAUCGAGAUUCUUGGUGUAUCAGAUAUCCGCACCUCCAUAGAAGGCUUGAGAGAUAUAAACUCUGGUGAGAUGUUAUCCCUGGCCGUUGGUUCCACCGUUCGUUUGAAGUCAUUACCUAAAGGACGGUGGUCUUCCUAUCAGGAUGGUUGUUUUGAGAUUUUCGACAAUGGUGAUGUGAGGGCUUUGAGACCGGGACACGGAGUCAUCAUCACGACACACAAGGAUGAGAGAAAUAAUAUAGAGAGACAAGCGGUAAUACAUGUUGAGGUCGCCUCCCCCUACUACUGUACAGUCGAGCCGGCGGAGUCUUCGGAAACGUGGGAGUCCUUGAGGGUUGUGACGAGGAGCGUCCUUGGUAGGGAGCUGUUGUCACCCCAGGCCAAUGUCUCCGUGAUGACGUCACUGCCGGCGAGGAUACGUAGGAACUUAAACAGUGCUCGCGGUAGCGAGAUUACUCUCAGUGGUCUAGACUCGAAUGGAGCUUUUAUGAGCUUCGAAAGUUCCUUAGCUGGUGUUACCGUCUCAGACGAGGUCUUCAUACCAGGAUCCGACGCAUACGCCAAUAGGAUAGUGGCGACGGGAGGAUCCGCUUUGUGUAUCGAAGGUUCGGGUUGGACGGUUCCAGCGGGGAUCCAGGCGGUCUCCGGCGCGGGGCUGACACUGGCGGUGCUGAUGUCGGAUGCACCUGCCAUGCACGUUUUGCGACUCGAUCGACCGCCAUCUACCGUCAACAUUCUGCAACUUCCGCUCUCUAAGAUGGAAUUUCUUCCCGGAGAAUGGCCGGCGUCCCUCGUACCUCUCUCCAUCCAAGCGGAGGGACUCACGUCGGGCCCUCUCCUGUGUACUGAAGAACAAAAGUAUGCUCUAGCCGGAGUAGACGUUGAUGUGCCAUUUAACUGUCGAACGGCCGCCCCGUUUGCAGCGCAAGCUGUUCUGGAUAUUCCCAACGGACGACACGGCUGUGCCAUUAUCCCAGGAAAUGAAAUAAACGAGGCAGUCGAGGUGGAGCUGUGUGCCGAGUGGGGCGUUUUGAGCACUUGUACUAAAGUACAGUUGUUGCCGCCGAUACAAUUGUCACAAACACGAAUAUCACUGCUGAAUCCCCCUUCUAUGUUUAUUAUUAAUGGACACCCGAACGCUCUGAAGGCGGUCAAAAUUACACCGUCGCCCGGUCUGAAAGUUGAAACGAAUUCGAGGGAAGGUCAAAUAAGUGUAACGGUUAAAUCCGAAAGUACGACCUGUGGCGUUGGAUGGGUCAACGUUAUAUCGAAAUUAACGUCUCAAGAAAUCAGGGUCGAGGUCGAGAGAGAAUGCGAAAUAGCUUGCGGGACGUUGCUGGGAGUUUUAUUUUCUAUAAUGAAACCCUAUCUAUCAACUCUAGUGACGGUCGCCGUUAUAGCCGUUGGAUAUUUGUAUGUUCAAAAUCAUCUACAGCAAAAAGGUCAGAUACAGUUGCCAAAGCCACCGCAGACUACUCUUCAGACUCCGCUGCCAGAGCCUCGGAGUCGGACGUGGUCGCGGAGUCCCUACGCCUCCAACCCAUCAGCACCCGUGUAUGGUGACACCAGCAUGUUACCAGAUGCGAGCUUCUCGCCGACAUCCACUAGAAUACAUUCAAGACUACUUUAGUGUUUUUUGCAAGUUAAAAUGUGUAACUGUGGAAAAAAAAUAACUGACUUGAAAUGUGAAUUUGUUAGGCAUAUAAGGUAUAGUACAUCAGAUAACUACACUGUCGCUUAAAUGUGCCUGGACCGAGUGAUUUUAAUGAUAAUUAUUGUUAUUUAAAACCCCGAAGUGACGCAAGUAUUAUGUCUAAUUGUAAAGAAAUGUAAAAAUAUUAAGUAAACUGAAUUCGACUAGUCAAUAUAAACGUGACGCAUCUUCAAUUGUCUUUAAGAAAAUAUUCUUAAUGAUUGUACAUUAUAAUUCAAGGAUUAGAUGCUAUCUUCUUCUUUACACUUGCUGAAACUAUUUCAAUUUACAUGGAUAUAUUAUUAACAAUACACGCAUAGCUCUUUAUUUAAUAUCAGAAGACUAAAACCCGGAUAUUUUAAUAAAUCAUUAAAAACAUAUUUAUAAAAUAUCUAUAGUCUUCAAUCUUUGUUUUAUAGAUGUUAAGUUAUUUUUUCAUUGAGAGAUAAUAAAAAUAUUCUUACAAACAACUACAAUUAACAUAAUCCAGAACAUAUAUAUAUACAUUUAUUUAAUGUAGUAAGUAAAUGUAAAAUAUGUGCAGCCCUUUUCCUUGUUCUGAGUUGUUCCAAAUAAUGCUUAUGUAAGGGAAUCAAUAAGAUAACGACUACAAUUUUAAUUGACUUAUUUCGUUCUUGACAUAAUCAAGUAAAUAGAACAACAAUAACUAACUUAGAAUAUUUUUGUGAGUGACUUUAAAGUUUUUAGCUUUUAAUAUAAAAAGUUGUGAUGUUAAUAAAAUAUAUUUUUCAUAA